GGGAAAUUGCGGACGAAAUGGAAACCACUGCUGAAAAGUGCAAAAAGAAAAUAAUAAGCCUCUUAGCUUCUUUCCGCCGGGAGAAAAAUAAAACAAAGCAGGGGACUAGUACAGGAAAAGGAAGAGAUGAAGUUUAUUGCAGCAGAUGGUUUGCCUAUGAAGCGUUUAGGUUUUUAGAAGACAGAGAUUUGCCACGAAAAAGACUUGCUACGGAGCUGGAUGAUGUUAACGAAGCUGCCCUAUCUUCCGAACAAAUGGAACAAGAGACGAUAUACCAGAGACACCUACGCUACCAUCUACCUCCAAAUCUACAAAGCGAUCAAAAACAAAACAAGAUAAUGUUUCCUCUCCAAUAAUGAGUGAUGCAUUUCCGAUUUUGAAGAAUGCUGCGAAAAAA